UUUUUUUUAAUUUUUGCCGGCACAACACUACAACCCACUCCGCUCUGUUUGUUUUCAAUCUUUUUUUUUUCUCGCCGGAGUAAACCAACCGAACUCGCCGCCUUCUACCCUCCCGCCGUCGCCUCCGCCGCCGUCACCGAGCGCAUCGACGCCGGCCAUGUCGAUCUUCGAGUACAACGGGAGCGCCGUGGUGGCGAUGGUGGGGCGGAACUGCUUCGCGAUCGCCAGCGACCGGCGGCUCGGCGUGCAGCUGCAGACGAUCGCCACCGACUUCCAGAGGGUGUUCAAGAUCCACGACAACCUCUAUAUCGGCCUCUCGGGCCUCGCCACCGACGCCCAAACGCUGUACCAGCGAUUGGUGUUCAGGCACAAGCUGUACCAGCUGCGGGAAGAGAGGGACAUGAAGCCGGAGACCUUCGCUAGCCUCGUCUCUGCCCUCCUCUACGAGAAAAGGUUUGGGCCAUACUUCUGCCAACCAGUCAUUGCUGGGCUAGGAGAAAACAACGAACCAUUUAUAUGUACCAUGGAUUGCAUUGGUGCCAAGGAACUAGCAAAAGAUUUUGUGGUGUCUGGCACUGCUUCGGAGUCACUUUAUGGUGCUUGUGAGUCCAUGUAUAAGCCAAACAUGGAACCUGAAGAACUGUUUGAGACAGUCUCGCAAGCAUUGCUGGCUUCUGUUGAUCGCGAUUGCCUCAGUGGCUGGGGUGGUUAUGUUCUCCUUGUCACACCCACUGAAGUUCAGGAGAGACUGCUCAAGGGAAGGAUGGACUGAGUUCUCUCAUGUACCGUAGGAUAUUUUCUUCAUUUGCCGUACCCCUGUACUACUGCGUACAGAAUUCGGAGAACACGUGUGUUCUGUUUACUUCCAAAGAACAUUAAACGCGAAAAUUUCAGUUGUUGCGUA